AUGGCAACAGCAAACGUGGUUAAUCAAAUGUCAAUAGGAAAUUCUGCUUUAAAUUUUUUUCAACGUUCAUUUCAACAAAAUGGAGGGAGUACUGCUGCUUCCUCUAUUGCUGCUGCUAGAGGAUUCAACAUGAUUACCCCAUUAGAAAAUAUUAAACAUUUUAAUAGUAGUCAACAACAACAGGGAGGUAGUAGUGGUAGUGGAGGAGGGAAUAGUGGUGGUCACCAAUCAUCUAAUAAUAAUAGCAACAAUUUUUAA